UCGCUUCGAAUUUCUUAAAGAAUCAUUUUGAUUCGAUGUAAACAUUUCAAUUAUUUUCCAGUAUAAAACUUAGCAAAUAUAAAUGCUUACAAAUUUUCUGAUACUAAUUAGCGCAAGACUUUAUUAAUAUGUGUUUAAAUUUUAAAUUAUAAAAUCGAAAAUCUUCUAAAUUAUAUAGAUGUCCUAAGAAUUUGAUCUUAAUAAAUUUUUGGAACUCCAAAAAAUUCUAUACCAUUAUGAAUAUGUUAAUGAGUUAUUCAGCUGACUAGAUAAAACGUCGCACGAUAGCACGUUCAUUCAAAAUGACAAAAAGAACGAGGGAAUGUAGUUAUAGUAUAAAGAUUAUUUGACAAGUGGUAUUAUGUUUAAAUUUUUAAUUAAAAUUUUUUCUAGAGUCAAAAUCAUCAUGAUAUUGCGAAUUGAAUUUUGUGAGGAAAAAAAAUUGGUGAUAAAGUAAACAUUAUGCUAGAGUGAGUAUACUCUAUAAAAAUGGCUCGUCGUUAUAGAACAAAAGUCUUAAAAUUUAUUUUGACAAUCUGUGUAUUUUGUGGUGUAUUUUUUCUUAAAACUGUAAGGACACCAAUAGAACUUGUUAAUCCUUCUAUCUUGCCUCAAAUAAAAGAUCCUCUCAAAAAAUCAUGGUAUGAUGUUAAAGAAAUCCCUCACGGCCCAGGAGAACAAGGUCUUCCUUUUUAUUUACCAUCAGGAUUUGAAAAAUUCAAACAUGAACUGUAUAAAGAGAAUGGUUUCAAUGCUCUUGUUAGUGAUUUCAUUUCUUUAAACAGAACUCUUCCAGAUAUCAGACAUCCAAGUUGUAAAACCAAACUCUAUUUGUCAAUCUUACCUAAAGUUAGUCUAGUGAUUCCCUUUCAUAAUGAACACUGGUCAACACUUCUCCGAACUGUAACAAGUGUCUUGAAUCGAUCACCAGUACAAAUCAUUCAAGAAAUAAUUCUGGUUGAUGAUUUCAGUACUAAAGCUCAAUUGAAAGCACCAUUAGACUCUUUUGUCAAGAAACAUUCCUCCAUUAUUCAUGUGAUUCGUGCAAAGAAAAGGGAAGGUUUGAUACGAGCAAGAUUAUUGGGUGCCAAAAAAGCUGUUGGUGAUAUUCUGGUCUUUUUAGAUUCACACACUGAAGUCAAUAUAGAUUGGUUACCACCUUUGAUAGAACCUAUAGCCAUUAAUCGUAAAACUGUCGCCUGUCCAUUUAUUGAUGUAAUUGAUUAUGAAACUUUGGCAUAUCGUGCACAAGAUGAAGGAGCACGAGGAUCCUUUGAUUGGGAGCUCUACUAUAAAAGAUUACCUUUGCUUCCUGAAGACCUUAAACAUCCAGCUGAUCCAUUCAAAAGUCCUGUGAUGGCUGGAGGACUGUUUGCAAUUGAUCGAAUGUUCUUUUGGAAUCUUGGGGGUUAUGAUAAAGGUCUGGAUGUGUGGGGUGGGGAACAAUAUGAACUUUCUUUCAAAAUAUGGCAAUGUGGAGGUCAAAUGUUUGAUGUGCCUUGUUCUCGAGUAGGUCACAUUUAUAGAAAAUUUGCACCUUUUCCUAAUCCUGGACUUGGAGAUUUUGUUGGAAGAAAUUAUAAACGAGUGGCCGAAGUGUGGAUGGAUGAAUAUAAAGAAUAUUUGUAUUUAAGAAGACCUCAUUAUAGAAAAAUUGACGCGGGUAAUUUAACAGAUCAAAAGUCUCUGAGAAAAACCCUGCAGUGUAAACCUUUUCGAUGGUUUAUAGAGAAGGUGGCCUACGAUCAACCGAAAAAAUAUCCUCCUAUUGAACCACCCGACUAUGCCAAAGGAGAGAUUAGAAGUGUUGCUGUUGAUCUUUGUAUAGAUACAAAAUUCCGCAAGCAAAAUGAAAGAUUUGGCUUAGAUGCGUGCAUUAAAGACAAUCCUAAUAUUAGAGGAGAGCAGCAAUUUGUGUUAUCCUGGCACAAAGACAUCCGUCCCAUAAAAAGGAACAUUUGCUUUGAUGUAUCUUGCUCAAAAAAACAAGCUCCUAUUGUUUUAUGGAAUUGUCAUGGUAUGCAAGGAAACCAACUUUGGAAAUACGAUUUGGAGACUCAACAUUUGAUACAUUUGCUGACAAAUACAUGUCUGGACUGUGAUGUUCAAAAGAAACAAGUUUUUAUGAAUUCUUGCGAUUCCACAAAAAGAACUCAAAGCUGGAGAUUUGAAAUUAUAAAUUCCACAGCUAUUUUUAAUUGGUAAUUCACUUUUUAUAGCAGAUAUUUUAUACAAUAAAGUUACUCAUUAAAAUUAUUUAAUUUACUGACAGUAUUUGAAGGAUUAAGUGUCCUAUCAAUAUACAAAUGGUGCUGUAAAAGAACAAUAAAAUUCAAAAGUGUAAUAUAAAAUAAAAUGUUUGCUUCCUAA